GUCUUGUGUUGGUCAGUAAGGGCGGACGGGCGAGCAUGGGGCGGCGUGCGCGUUCCAGUCUUCCUCCGCCCUCCGAUAGCGCCGCAAACCGACAGCGCUCACUUUGAAAACAGGACUUCGCCUAUUAAAGUACUUUCCAACUUCGCUCACAAUUCGAUACUUAGUAGGACGCGAAUUGCGAGUCAAAACUUCAUAUUAAAAUCGUUCGUAUUUAUUAAAAAAAUGUACAACGGUAUUCAUUAAUCAUUGGCAAUUAAAUUUGAAUGAAUAAAUACUUAGGGGGAUUUCGUAAGCACGACCAAGAACGUAUUGCGUUGUCGAUAAACAGGUUUCACACUACUACUAAACUAUUCAUAGUUUACACGUGUAAUGGACGCGUAGCAUGUGAAUUGAAAAAAAAAAGUUUAGUGAAGUGAAGAUGGCUGAUAAACUUCAUGAGUACCAGGGGUUAACAGGAAGGUUUCAUAGUGCACGGGACCGAUACAAAGACAGAUGGUCAACAUGGAAGGAGCAACAUCCUAGGGGAGUCAAGGGCAUCUUAGCGGAGACCUUGUUUGGUAUCCCUAAUUCAGAAGAGCCUUCUGGACGAGUAUGGCAGGAUAGCGAAUAUAGUGAUAUAUUUAGGAGGAAAAGCCGCGUCGAGUUAAUGCGUAUUUCUGCCGCCGUAAUGGGCAUAGAAUUCUCAUACGCCGGCGAAACCGCUUUCGUGUCUCCGACGUUACUACAGAUUGGGGUACCGCAUGAAGAAAUGACUUUAGUAUGGGCUCUGUCACCGUUGAUAGGGUUCUUCAUGACUCCACUACUGGGUUCAUUGAGUGACAGAUGUCGUUCGAAGUUUGGGAGACGCAGGCCGUUUAUAGUUUUACUAUCGUUGGGCGUUUUUCUAGGUUUAAUUCUAGUGCCUAACGGAGAGUCAAUAGGCUACCUGUUAGGCGACGAGUAUUCAUCGAAUUCGACUUCAACGCCCGCCGUGCUAGGACCCCGCAGUUCACUGGAAACUCCAGAAAAGAACUAUCAUCCCUGGGGCGUAGUGUUCACAGUUUUAGGAACUGUGUUCUUGGAUUUCGACGCAGACGCCUGUCAGAGUCCAGCCCGGGCUUAUCUCCUCGACGUGACAGUACCAGAGGAUCAUGCAAAAGGACUAAGUACUUUUACGGUGAUGGCCGGCCUGGGAGGUUUUAUGGGAUACGCACUCGGAGGCAUCAACUGGGACGAAACUAAACUAGGCGAAAUAUUAGGGGGUCACGUUAGAGCGGUGUUUUCACUGAUCACGGCUAUAUUCGUGGCGUGCGUCACCGCAACGGUGACCAGCUUCAAAGAGAUACCGCUCGACAAGCUAAACGAACAAGAUGAAUUUAGGAAAAUGGCUGAAAACGAGCGUGCUCAAGAAAGUUUCGAUGAGGAACAGGCUCUCGAUAAAAUUAAGAAAGAUAAUUCUAGUUAUGGAACAGUUGGCCAGUCUGAAUCUGCAGAGGCCGGGAACACAAUCAGCAUAUCGGACAGCCCACACGGCGCAGAGCCUCUCUCUUUGGGGCAUUAUCUCAAGUCGAUUGUGGUGAUGCCGGGCUCCCUUCGCAUCGUUUGCCUCACUAAUCUCUUCUGCUGGAUGGCACACGUUUGCUAUUCAUUGUACUUCACCGACUUCGUUGGCGAAUCCGUCUUUGGAGGGAAUCCAGCGGCGCCAGUUGGAAGUGAAGACCGCAUCAACUAUGAGGCAGGUGUAAGAUUUGGAUGUUGGGGAAUGGCGAUGUAUUCUCUAUCCUGUGCGUGUUAUUCUACAGUCAUCGAAAGGCUUAUCAAGAAACUUGGCGCCAAGAAGGUUUAUGUCGGCGGUCUAUGUACGUAUAGUUGCGGGAUGCUGAUGCUUUGCGUACUGCGGGAUCCUGCUUCAGUACUUCUAUUCAGUUGGACUGCGGGCGUCAUGUAUUCUACGCUGUUCACGAUGCCAUAUCUACUGGUCGCACAUUACCACGCCACUGGGAUGUGGGAUAGCUCCGGUGGAGGUUGCGGACAGGAACGCGGUAUCGGCACAGAUGUGGCUGUAGUGAGCAGUUGUGUGUUCGUAGCGCAAAUGCUGGUCUCCAUUCUCAUGGGACUGGCUUUGAAGGUCACAGGAUCCACUGCAGCGGUAGUAGCAGUUGCGGCAACGUUAGCCGCUCUUGCUGCGUUCACGGCCACGAAAAUUACCUACUUAGAUCUGUGAAAUGGAGAAGAAUCGCGCGGAAAUAAACAAUAGAAUUUCAUCGCUGUCAAACCAAAAGCUGCUAUGUGCAAAAAUUAUAUUUAGAAUUAACGAGUAAAAAAAACAUUUUCGUAAUUUUUUUUAUAUGAAGGUGAAUUUUUAAGAACUAUGUCAUAUGAAGGCUAAAGAUAAAUAUUAAAGCUAUAGACACAUAACAGUUUUUUUUAUACGGUAGAUAGACGAAAUAUCUACUAUCUAUACGAAAUGGUCAAAAAGUAAAAAUCUCAAAAACGGCACAUAGCAGAUUUUAGUUCGACAACGACGAUUUGUUGAUUUGCAUUCGCCACAAUUUUCCUCUUAAUUCAGUUAAUAUUCGUACCGUGAGAAUACUCAAAAGCUGUAUGCGGUACGUGCGUACUUUCAUUACAAAAUGACUGCGACUUGAAUAUGUAAAUUUAAUCAGUACUAGUUAUUCAAAUAUGUGAAGCGCUUUAUAAGCUUUCGUAUGAAAUGUAAAUAAAACUUAAUUUAAUAUUUGUGUUAGGAAACCGACUAAAA